AACGAUGAGACUGAAAGCCAGAAAGAGGGUGAUGAUGAAAAUCAAUAGGGCGGGUGAUGCUCAACCGCGGUUCAAGGUAAAAAUACCAGAAAUUAAGGAAGAAAAGAAACCUAAAGUAAAGCCUAAAAAAGAACAAGAAUGUGAUGGAAACUUCGGUUUUGAUGCAGAACAGCCCCUCAAGGAAUAUGAAGAGGCAAAUCCAACACCUUCAACUAGCAACAUAGCUUCAACCAGGAACAGAGUUAAACUACUAGAAUGCAAGGGCGAAAAUAUACCAGAAGUAAAACCUAAACAAGAAAAGGAAUACGAACACACAGACCCUAAACCUUCAACGAGCUGCUCUGGUAAGCAGGAGGAAGUUGAACAAAGCCAAGUUAAAAUCUGCAGGUUAUGUCUAGUCUUUAUUGAGGAUAAUAUGAUGCCUCUGAAAAAAGUCAUUGCUAUGCUUCAAAUUGUGCUUCCAGAAGUUUCAGGUAAAAGGGAAGAUAUUGAAAAAUACCGAGGAAUUUGUAUACAGUCAGCAAUCCCAAAACUUCUCGAUAAGCUAGUGACUUCUCACUUAUCAAAACUAACAAAUAAUAUAAUAUCUCAUAUAAUAUCUAUUAAUAUACAUAUCUCAUAUGGAGUAGUAACUAUACCGUACUGA